AUGCCCUUCGUUGAUCACAAAAAGUACAAAAUCCAGCGUGAGGAUAUGCCCGCUGUUCCUCACUUCAGCGACUUCAACGAUCCGCGUUUCUGCGGGACCAAUAAUAAGCAAAAGAAUGGUAUUCUCGCCUAUUAUCAGUGGCUCCACUGCAUCGGUAACUGGGGAGAAGAGCAUUCAAUGUGUAAGAAGAUGCGGUGGUAUGUGGAGCGACUUAUGCAUGAGUCCUGGCUUGAGAAGUGGGAAGAAAAACGUGCUCUAGGACACUUUGAUCAUGUUAUUCUUUACGGUUUGAAGCCCUGGAAGGAGUUUGAGCCUUUGUACCAGCCUGUGAAAACGAACCGAAAGGGCGCCUAUGAAUUCUGGUUGGACCGUGACUUUGAGCCUCUCUAUGAUCCCGAUGCUGUUGAUUUUCGUGAGAAGGCCCCUAUCCUUCACGAUGUAUUUGUGAAGGGUAAAAAGCCUGUCUAUGACGAGUAA